AACAUAAAUUUCAGGAAAAAAAACCGUAAAAAAGAGAAACCUUUUGGAUUGAAAUCACUUACUUCUCCUCCGCCGUAACGGGAAAAAGAUGGGGUUAGGUUACGCCGUCGGAGUCGUCGGGUUUCUGUUUCUCGCACACGCCGCCUACUCCACUAUCCAGUAUAGAUCUUUGCUGAAGAUUACAGAAGAGGAGUUCACAGGGCCACCAGUCACUGUAGUUAUGGAGCUGGUUGCAGGAUUGUUUUUCUGUUUGUGGGCUGCUUUGACUGUGCCUGGCAAAUUCUUGUCGAUUCUCCCUCAAUCAGAUGAGAAACAGGUGAGUUUAAGCGUUUAA